CAGAACAAAACGCAAAAGGAGUUUCACUUCAAUCCGAGUGAGAGCUGCUUCUGUUGUCAUACAGCUUUCUUCGGUAAAAUCAAUCGAACCAACCAUGCAACAGGGUACUGGAGGAUCUGAUACUGAGGUGACUUGGGAAGAUCAACAGAACAUUAACAAAUUUGGAAGAUUAAACAAUCGAUUUCAUGAGCUUGAAGAUGAAAUCAAGAUUGCUAAGGAAACAAAUGAUAACCUGGAGGAUGCUAGUAACGAGUUGAUUCUAACUGAUGAGGAAGUAGUUCGGUUCCAAAUGGGAGAAGUCUUUGCUCAUGUGCCAAAGGAGGAAGUGGAGACCAGGAUAGAGGAGAUGAAGGAAGUAACCAGCAAGAACUUGGAAAAACUGGAGGAGGAGAAAGAAUCAGUACUAGCACAAAUGGCUGAGCUGAAGAAGAUUUUGUAUGGGAAGUUCAAGGACUCCAUCAAUCUAGAAGAGGAUUAAUAGCUUUGGAUUUUUUUUUUUUUCAUGUAACUUGAUACUACUUGCUUGUGUUUGAUAUUUACUCUCUUUUGUUGCCAUCCAGCAUGUUUUUUCUCAGAGAUUUGCUCAUCUUUUAUUUCGAUUUUAGGGUGUAUCACCUUAAAGGUCUUCCUGGGUAGCCUUUUUGACGUAAACCUCGAGUAUGGACAUAUCAAAGAAUGAAAUGAAUCUGAACUGAUUCCUUCUUGUCACUUUUGAAA